UUUCUUCCAAAACCUUUUUUUUAAAUUCACUCUAAAUUCUUCUUCUUCAUUUCAAUUUCAUUUCAUUUCAAUUUCAAAAACGUUACUCUCUUUCUCUCUCUCUCUCUCUGCAUGAUUCCUCGUUUCUAUCAAUGGAAGCUCUGAAAUGAAUCUCUUCUUCACCAGAUCUUGUUUUCUUCUUCCGAUUCACUCUUCAACAUUUUCCAUUCAGAUUUUUUCUUCUACUUCAUUGAUUUUGAACCCGAUCUUCUUCACAAACACUCGUAAUUGUUAAUUGAAGGAUGUGCGGUGGACCUGACAAAUCAAAAUCUAUUGCAACGUCAUCAUCUUCCUCUUCAUCUGCGGCUGAAGGUUCAAAUACUGUCGAAGACAUGAAAAAUCUAACUGUUCGUACUGAUGAUUCUUUUUCCAGCUUACUUGAACAUGCUUCUAACAAUGAUUUUGAAGAUUUCAAGGUAGCUCUAGAUAGUGAUGCUUCACUUAUUAAUGAAGUUGGCUUCUGGUAUGUCCGUCAAAAGGGAUCUAACCAAAUUGUUCUUGAGCACCGAACCCCUUUAAUGGUGGCUGCUUCCUAUGGGAGUAUUGAUAUUCUAAAGCUUAUACUCUCAUAUCCCGAGGCUGAUGUUAAUUUCUCCUGUGGAACUGAUAAAAGCACUGCUCUUCACUGUGCUGCCUCAAGUGGUUCAGUUAAUGCUGUUGAUGCUAUAAAAUUGCUUUUAUCAGCUGGUGCUGAUAUCAAUUCUGUGGAUGCUAAUGGGAAACGCCCUGUGGAUGUUAUCGUUGUUCCUAUUGUUGUUCCUCAUAAGCUCGAAGGUGUUAAAACAAUUCUUGAAGAACUUCUCUCAGACAGUGCUUCUGAAGGAUCUGUGGAUGAUUGCUCUCUUCCCCUGUCUCUUAUUUCAUCGAGUCCUGGUUCAUCUGCCCCUUUAUCAUCUGCUGAAAAUGGAUCUCCAUCCUCUCCUGUGGCUCCCAAGUUUACAGAUACAGCUGUUAAUUCUACAUCAGAAAAGAAAGAGUAUCCAGUUGACCCAUCUCUUCCUGACAUAAAAAACAGCAUGUAUGCCACAGAUGAAUUCCGCAUGUAUUCAUUCAAGGUUCGUCCUUGUUCUCGUGCAUACUCUCAUGAUUGGACUGAGUGUCCUUUUGUGCAUCCUGGAGAGAAUGCUCGAAGGAGAGACCCUAGAAAGUUUCACUACAGCUGUGUGCCAUGCCCUGAUUUUAGGAAAGGGGCUUGCCGACGUUCGGAUAUGUGUGAAUAUGCUCAUGGAGUAUUCGAGUGCUGGCUACACCCAGCUCAGUAUCGGACAAGGCUGUGCAAAGACGGUAUGGGUUGUAACCGAAGGGUGUGCUUCUUCGCUCACUCACCUGAAGAGCUGCGUCCGCUGUAUGUGUCCACUGGUUCUGCUGUUCCUUCACCCCGAUCAGCUGCUUCUACUGCUAAUGUCAUGGACAUGGCUGCUGCUAUGAGCCUUUUCCCUGGUUCACCAUCAUCAAUCUCUUUGAUGUCUCAAUCACCCUUUGCACAGCCUCCUCUAUCUCCAUCUGCAAAUGGCAAUAAUGCUUGGCCACAGCCCAAUGUGCCAGCUCUUCAUUUACCAGGAAGCAUUAAUCAAACUAGUCGUUUGAGAUCUUCUCUUAGUGCCCGUGAUAUGCCACACGACGACUUCAACAAUAUGUUGCAAGACUUUGAUGGGCAGCAGCAGAUACUAAAUGACUUGAGCUGUUUCUCACAGCCCCGUCCUGGUGCUAUUUCAGUUGGUCGAUCUGGCCGCCCUAAAACACUAACUCCCUCAAAUCUGGAUGAUCUUUUUUGUGCUGAGAUUGCUUCAUCUCCUAGGUAUUCCGACCCCGCUGCGGCUUCUGUAUUUUCCCCAACACACAAAUCUGCUGUCUUCAACCAGUUUCAACAGCUUCAAAGCUCCUUAUCACCCAUCAACACAAAUGUCAUGUCUCCUACAAACGUAGAGCAUCCCCUGUUCCACCAGGCUUCAUAUGGUCUCUCUUCUCCUGGAAGGAUGUCACCAAGAAGUAUGGAAGCCCUAUCUCCAAUGAGUUCUCGGCUGUCAGCUUUUGCUCAGCGUGAGAAACAACAGCAGCAGCAGCAACAGCUGCGUAGCCUCAGCUCAAGAGAACUCGGUGCUAACAAUCCUCUCUCAGCUGUUGGGUCCCCUGUUAACUCCUGGUCCAAGUGGGGAUCAUCCCCUAUUGGAAAAGCUGAUUGGUCGGUAAAUCCAAAUGACUUCGGUCAAACACAGAGAUCAACUUCUUUUGAGCAUGGAAACAAUGGAGAAGAGCCUGAUGUAGGUUGGGUCCAUUCCCUUGUCAAGGAUCCCACACCUGAGAAGAAAGAGAAGCUUGCAGGUUCCGGCCCAAUUCCAUCCGUUGAAAAGAAUCCCAAUCCUCAAGCGGACGGCAUUGAUCACUCUGUUUUGGGAGCUUGGCUCGAGCAACUGCAGCUGGAUCAACUUGUAGUCUAGUCAUUCAAUUUGACCCUUUUGCUACAUUCUUGCUGUCAUAGUUAUUUAAUUUAAUUUCUUAAGGUGCAUAUUCUUUUGGUGAAUUUAAGCCCCCCCGAAACAUGGAAGGAGGUUGGCUGCAAAGUUCCUGAAGGAUAAUCGUUUUUUUCAUUCCCUUUAAUUUUUGUUAUUCAUUAUUUCACAUUUUACCUAAAACUUCAGGGAGUGAGAUAAAGAACUCUUUCUCUCUGAACUGUUUAUGUUGUCUACUAGAAAAAAAAAUCCUGUAAGAGGUAAGGUAUUCUUCCAAAACAGGAUUCUUUUUCUUAUCAUUUUACUUCAUUAGUUUCUAAGUUCCUUUUCCUACAUUGUAUAAGAUUCUGUCAGUACAUUUAUGUUGCUUAUGUAGGAAGUGGGACUGAGUUUCUUAUGAAGGAAUUUAUGAGUUAUUGAAUAUUUAUUGCAAGCUAUAUUUUAGAAUACAGUA